AUGGCCUCAUCAGGGGUGUUUUGUACCCUUUGUUAUGAUGAUGAUUCAUCUAAAGACACUGUCACGUGGUGUACAGAAUGUGAGGUGUUCCUUUGUAUAGAUUGUGAAAAACACCACAAAAAGUCGAGAAUGUCUAAAGACCACAAAACUAUGUCCAUAAAAGACUACCAGAAACUGCCUACAUAUAUGCAGGAAAUAAGUUGCCAAUGCAGAGACCACAACAAAAAGUUUGAACUUUACUGCUCUUUCCAUGCCUGUCCCUGUUGUGUCCAAUGUGUCACCGAUAAACAUCAGAAAUGCCAAGAAAUGAGACCCCUAUCCGACAUUCUGAAGCAUAUUAAAACCUCUGCCUCUGUUCAACUUCUUGAAAAAGAUAUGACAGUUGUGAAGGAAAACUUUGAAGAUAUGAUAAAAUAUUUACACAGUAGAAGGAAUUCGAACAAUGCUCAAAAACAGAAGGCCGCAGAAAAAAUUCGAUCUGUAAAGACGUCAUUAGAUGAGUUCUUAAACAAAAUAGAACACGAAAUUCUUACUGACUUAGAAACGAAGCAUUCAAACCUGAAUUCAGAUAUAAAUACUCUCAUCCAACAACUAGAACAGCGAGCCAAUCAGAUAAGCCAAUUGCAGGGUGAAUUUUCCGAAAUGACACGACUUGCAACUGAGCUACAAAUGUAUGUUGGUCUAAAGGAAACGGAGAAAACCACAGCGCAAGCAGAAAAAUACAUAGAAGAUUUAAAAAACGGAGAAAGUUUUGAUGAAAAGAACCUAGAGGUAACUAUUUCAUCUUCUUUGCAAUCAAUUUUUCAAGAUGUCAAAUCGUACGGCGUUGUUAAAAUCAGUACAAGCCAAUCAACUCUUCAAAUAAAGACCGGAAGAAAAGAUCAAGCACAGAACUUAGUUUCAACAGUUCCUGGAAUUGAAGAAAUUAAACCAUCCAUGUUGAGAACUCUGAAAAUUCCAGAAGAUAUGAAAUCUAUGGAUGUACGUGGAUGUAUAAUAUUACCUAGCGGCAAUUAUUUAAUUCUUGAUAGCAGUUCAAGUCACUUGGUGCCAUUCAGCAAUGAUGGCAUUUUGAUGAAGAAAGUUGUGACAUUCUUUGGAACAUCAUAUGAUGCAUGUUUUGUAAGAAAUAAUACAGUGGCUGUAACAUUAGGAUUAAAAAACAAGACAUUGCUGGUAGAUAUAAUAAAGAAUGAAAUUACAGAAUCAAUUAAACUUUCUCAUUUCUGUUCUGGAGUGGCCAGUGAUGGUCAACUAUUAGUCAUCAGUGGUAGUAACAAAUGUACCAUAGUGAAUCUAGAUGAUUUGUCUCAUACAAUCUUAGAAGGUAUUGAGGCUAAUCAUGUUGCGUUAUUCAAAGGAAAUAUAUAUGGAACCAUUUUGGAUGAAAACACAGCCUGUUGCUACAAAAUUACUGGAGAACCUCUUUGGACAAUAACGCACGAUGACAUUAUACACCCACAAGGAAUUACAAUAGACAAGAAUGGCUUUGUUUAUAUAGCUUCUGGUGGAAACAGCAGUAUCGUGGUAGUGUCACUAGAUGGUAAAACCUGUAAAACCAUACUAUCAGAGGAUGAUGGAAUCAAAUAUCCUUUGGCAAUAGACAUCAACAGAGAAACAGGAAUGAUGAUAGUGUCAAGUGUAAGAGAUGAAGGUCUCCGACAAGGUAUAUACUGUGAAAUUCCCGGCUAA